UAUCAGCAUGGACAAAUGGGGAAAAGAGGACAGAUCACUGCGUUGACUUUUGAAGCAACGCGCAGAGUCUUGACGCUAUAGCGUUACGCAUUUAUUUUACUGUGAGCGCUUUUUUACCCCCCCUGUUUGAAUUAUACUCGCCGCUGCAUCUCAACACUAUUAAAGUCAAAUAUCUGUGGAUAAGGAACAGAGCAGGGUGUUGUCAGAGAGGGAUGAGAGGAGGAGGGGGGCAGUAUGAGGUGUGCUUUUUUUGGAAAAGCCGGAGAAAGACAGACACCGAGAAGGUGUACUAAUGUGCGAGAGCCUGCGACGCGCUGCCCUCCUGAGAAAUAACUGCGAUCAGGGAAGAAAUGGCCUAGUUAAAACCCCAUCGACACACCGGCAGAGGAUAGAAAAGAAGAAUCGUGUUUAGAUGGACGGGCCAUCAUCAUCGUCAUCAUCAUAAUUCCGGUGCUCGCGUCGAGUCUUUUAGGUGUAAUUGGCUUCUUGACUGCAGCUCUGGACCCAUCAGGAGUUCCAAAGGGGAAGACGGAUGAGACCACAGAGUCUGCCUGAGAAUGCUACCUGUUCCUCGGCAUCACCAUGUCACCCUAGGAAAACUGUUAACCUGUCCCUUUCCACAAAUCCUCUUUCUGCCUUUGUUAUUUCCCAUAACCCACUGAGUUUGUGAUCCCUCUCUACACCCCGCUGAAGUCCUAGUGAUAUGACUAAAAGAGCCUUUAUUUUGGACAUGUUGUUUUUUCCUCUUAAUGCUGCCAGCCACCAAGGCUAUGGUGGGAAGCGUCAUUAUACUUCUCAGCAGGUUGCUAAUCACUGUCUGCUGUGGCUCUUGGGACUAGUGUUACACCUCACCCUUUCCUCAUGCCAACGGGUUGACCUGAAGCACCCUACAGUAUCCACAGGCUAUGGAAAGAUACGUGGUAUCAGGAGGGAGCUCAGCAAUGAGAUCUUGGGCCCUGUGGAACAGUUCUUAGGUGUGCCAUAUGCCACCGCUCCUAUCGGCGAGCGGCGCUUCCAGCCUCCUGAAGCUCCAGGCUCCUGGCAAGAGAUUCGCAAUGCCACCCAGUUUGCGCCAGUGUGUCCCCAGAAUGUGCACGGGGUUUUACCUGAGAUCAUGCUACCAGUGUGGUUCACAGACAACCUGGAUGCUGCAGCGACCUAUGUUCAGAACCAGAGUGAGGACUGCCUUUACCUCAACAUCUAUGUACCCACUGAAGAUGGUCCGCUUACAAAAAAACAAGAUGAGUCUACAAUGAACAGACCAAGGGAUGAAGAUAUUCGGGAUCGUCGCAAGAAGCCGGUGAUGCUGUUCAUCCACGGAGGCUCCUACAUGGAGGGCUCAGGGAACAUGUUCGAUGGCAGCGUCCUUGCUGCCUAUGGAAAUGUCAUUGUGGUCACCAUGAACUAUCGGCUUGGUGUACUCGGGUUUCUGAGCACAGGGGACCAGUCUGCUAAGGGGAACUAUGGCUUGUUGGACCAGAUCCAGGCCCUGCGCUGGCUCAAUGAAAACAUUGGCCACUUUGGAGGAGACCCAGAGAGAAUCACCAUCUUUGGCUCGGGAGCUGGUGCCGCCUGUGUGAACCUUCUCAUCCUCUCCCACCACUCCGAGGGCCUGUUCCAGAGGGCCAUUGCUCAGAGUGGCUCGGCCAUCUCCAGCUGGGCUGUCAACUACCGACCUGUGAUGUACACCAAGAUCCUGGCGAGGAAAGUUGGCUGCACUCUGGGGGACAUGGCAGAGGUGGUGGACUGCCUGAGGAGGAAGAGUUUCCGGGAGCUAGUGGACCAAGACAUCCAGCCCGCACGCUACCACAUCGCUUUCGGACCUGUGGUAGACGGGGACGUGGUGCCCGAUGAUCCCGAGAUCCUGAUGCAGCAGGGCGAGUUCCUGAACUACGACAUAUUGCUCGGUGUCAACCAGGGAGAAGGCCUGAAAUUUGUGGAUGACAGUGAAGGAGAAGACGGAAUAUCAGCAGCCUCGUUCGACUACACCAUCUCCAACUUUGUGGACAAUCUGUAUGGAUACCCUGAUGGUAAAGAUAUCUUGAGGGAAACCAUAAAGUUCAUGUACACAGACUGGGCUGACCGGGACAACAGUGACAUGCGGAGGAAGACCCUCCUGGCUCUGUUCACGGACCAUCAGUGGGUGGCCCCGGCUGUCGCCACUGCCAAACUGCACGCUGAGUUCCAGUCGCCCGUCUUUUUCUAUACCUUCCACCACCACUGUCAGACUGAGGCAAGGCCAGACUGGGCAGACGCAGCCCACGGAGAUGAGAUCCCCUAUGUGUUUGGGAUUCCCAUGGUGGGAGCCACUGACCUGUUUCCGUGUAACUUCUCCAAGAACGAUGUCAUGCUCAGUGCUGUAGUCAUGACAUAUUGGACCAACUUUGCAAAGACAGGGGAUCCAAACCUGCCAGUUCCUCAGGACACCACCUUCAUCCACACCAAGCCCAACCGCUUUGAGGAGGUCAUCUGGACCAAGUUCAGCUCCAAAGACAAGCAGUACUUGCAUAUCGGCCUGAAGCCCCGGGUCAGAGACAACUACCGGGCCAACAAGGUGGCCUUCUGGCUGGAGCUGGUGCCGCAUCUCCACAGCCUCCACAAGGAAAUCAUUAGCUCCAUCACAACUCGUCUGCCACCCGGAGGCACCAACCGCUGGAAGGGCCCUCACAGCCCUGGCACCCGCUCCACACCCCACCCUGUAAUCUCCACUUAUCCGCCUGAUCCUGAGCCCGAUGGUUCAGAGAGACCCCGCUACCCUCCCUUCCCCAGUGAGACUAGGGACUACUCCACCGAGCUGAGUGUGACAGUUGCUGUGGGCGCCUCGCUUCUUUUCCUGAAUGUGCUGGCCUUUGCCGCGCUUUACUACAAACGGGAUAAGCGUCAUGAACUCAUGCAGAGACGUCACCGCCGACUGUCCCCGCAACGUGGCACUACGAUGGGCAUGGGUGUUGGCAUGGGAGUUGUAGGGGCCCCACCGCACAAUGACCUGGCGCUGAGUCAGGAAGAGGAGCUGAUGUCACUGCAGAUGAAGCAGCAAAGAGUGGAGCUGGAGCACGGCACCCCCCUCCCUUCCCGCGGCGUCCUCGGUGACCUGGAACCCCUGCGACCGCCAGUGUGCCCACCUGACUACACGCUGGCCCUGCGGCGGGCACCGGAGGAUGUGCCACUGAUGACAGCAAAUACCAUCACCAUGAUCCCCAGCACCAUCAGCAGCAUGCAGCCCCUCCACCCCUUCAACACUUAUCCCCCAGUCCCGGCCCCCUCCACUACACCUGUCCCCAGCCACAGCAACAAUGCCCUGCCACACCAACACUCCACCACCCGUGUAUAGGACCAGGCACAACCCCACUCUGGGCUUAAAGAGACGCACCACACAAACUGCUCCAUACAAAUCCACUCUCACCCCCCUCUAUUCUUCUUUACUAUAUCAUUGUCUUUUCUCAUUAAGCCCUCAAAUAAAGCUGCAGUUUGUAAGAUUUUAAGCAGUGAAAUACCUCUAAAACGAAAUCAUAAAUCAAGAAGGAGUUGAUUAAAAAAGCUCCUUUGCCAAAAUCCUGUCAUAGGUACAUACUGCUUUGCCCUGUUACAGCUCUUUCAAUAUCUCUCGCUUACUAGGUGAGCCACCAAACGCAGCUUUAGGCUUGUAGCUCUCUCUCAAAGAGGUAUUGAGCUAAUCACAAUCAGUCAGGCAUCUUAUGUGUAGCUUGAUUGUUUUGCGCAUGUGUUGUUGUGUCAAUGUAAAACUAUGUUUGACAUAGAAUACAUACAUUCAUUCUCAUCCAUUUAGCGAAAAGAUAAUACAGUAGCGAGCAGCUUUGUAUGAGGCAACAUAUGCCCCAACAAGCUGUCUGUCAUAAAGCGGUGAUUUCUUGAAACUUACAAAUUGCAGCUUUAAAGGCCCAAUCUGGAAGUGAAAUUUGGCACCCUGUGUUGAGCGCUAUGUCCCAACAGUUGUCUCUGUGUUCGGAUUUUGGAGACUUUUGUUUAGUGCGAAAUGUAUUGACAGCACUGGAAGUACAAGAAUGAACUAUUUGACAUUCAAGCAUGAGUUUUUCAUAGGUUUUUAAAACUUAAUUUCUGCUGUUUACAAAUUUAUGUACCUGUUUUCAGUUAGGAUGCGACCUAAACGCCAUCCAAAGUCAUGCUUUUUGAAAAUCUGUAUUACUCACAAAUGAUGCUUUCAAAACAUUUCCAGAUUGGGGCUUCAACUGUUGGGCGGUACAGGAAAUAACUGAAUCAUACUCAGUCUGUGGGAUGCAACCUGGAAUCCAGGCUGCCCAUUAGAGCUCAGUGCAUCUCCGCCGCACAGGCUCUAAUCAUGUCCAUUACUUUAUUUGUUUCUCACUCAUUAUCUCUCUGUCUGUAUCCCCAUCUCAGCCCAUUUAACUGCUUCUCUUUUUCACUGCCUCACACUCUUUCUCUCUCUGCAUCUGCCCUCGUAGCUCUUUUUAUUAAACCAUUGACAUAAUCCAUUUCCAUCUUCACUCCUUUCCUCUCUCUCGCAAUCACUUCUAGACUCUCUUUUCCUUUUGGAGUCUUUUAUACAAAAACACAAAUGUAAAUGAUGUAUUAUUAAUAAAUUGUAAGGAUAUGAAUGAAAAAAAAGAUAUUCUGAUAUCUCGUUUUUACCAGCAUUCUUGGUGCCAAGUACUGUGAUAAAGUUCCUCUUUCACUGGCGUCCAGUGGACCGCCUGGAGAGGUCCAUCCUGACUGUAUCUUACAAAAGGAAUUACCAUCAUAAAAAGUGCCAACCCCUUCAUCUUUCUUUUUGAUCCACACACUUUUUUUUUUAAUUACACUCAAUGUUGCACUGUGGCUGGUCUCUUCUUUAAAGGGAAAUCAGAUUCAAUAUAUUCUCGUUUAAAAGAAAAAAAGAAUAUAAAGUUUUAUUAACUACUUUGCUGUCUGGGAUAUUUGCAUGAUGUUUUUUAUUUUAUAAAGAGUGUGGACA